CAGCUCCUUACGGGUGGGGAGGCCAGGUUCUCUCCCUCUCUCUCUCUCCUUCUUUCCCUCUCUCUCCUUCUUUCCCUCUACCUCGCUCCCUCUGUCUCUGGCAGCAAACUUUGUUGGCAGGAAAGACUAGAACAAAAACAGCAACAGCAGACAUAGGGCAGAAAAAAAGCAAAAUCAUCCAGUGAGCGGAGACCUCGCUCUCUCCUAAUUACGUCGCGUCCAGCAUCCAUUCGUCCUCUUUUUUUCAGUCCCUGAAGUCCUGGGUAAGUGGUAAUUAGCUGGUGGGGGAUAAAACCAGCUGGUCGGGGGAGGGCCGCCGCAUUUUGGAGCGAGAUGGCUAGCAGGAAGGUCGUUCUUCUGCUUCACGGAUUCCUCUUCCUCGCUUUGUAUCGACCUUCACUCCAAGGAGGAGUGUACGUCCCCCCCGGAGGUGGAGUUGGUCCGGGUGGUGUCGCCGGUGGUGGAGCUGGUGUCGGGCCAUUCCCAGGUGCUGGAGUGAUUCCAGGAUACAAACAGGCAAAGGCUGGGGGUGGCAUUGGUGGCCGUGGCCUGGGUGGUUUUGGAGGCGCUGGGAUCGGGCCAGGUGCUGGUGCAAAGCCUCCUAAACCAGGUUAUGGAAGUUUAGGAGCUGCUGGCCUCGGACCUGGGGGCCUGGGCACUGGAUAUAAGCCAGGAGGUGGCUACGGUGGAUAUGGAGGAGGAUACUUCCCCGGAGCUGGGGUGGCAGGACUGAAACCUGGGAAAACAGGUCCGGGUGGAAAGGCCGCUAAGCCUCCAAAAGGGCCCGGAGCAGGGGGAACAGCGAUUGGAGGACCAGGAUUACCAGGAUUGCCAGGGGGACCUGGAGGCCCUGCCCUUCCUGCUGGUGGACCCGUCAUACCUCAAACUGGUCUUCCAGGGGUCGGUCCAGGAGGGAAGGCUGCAAAGCCACCAGGAAAAGUGCCAGGUGUGGGAGUACCUGGGCUUUACCAAGGCGGUAUUGUACCUGGACAAGGAUUUGGCGGGCGGGGGGUCCUUCCUGGUGUAGCUACGGGGGAUGGACUGAAACCCAAAUCACUUCCUGGGACAGGGCUGCAGGGACCUGCGGGAUAUGGACUUAAUGGAGGUCGUGGAUAUGGAGGCCCACGGCAGCCGGGAGUCUUCUAUGGAUACCCCAUCAAAUCACCCAAAGCCCAAGGUGGUUUAGGAGCACAGUUUGGCGGGGGCAAGCUCCCCUAUGGUUAUGGGGGCUUUGGAGGUGCGGCAGGAGCCAAGCCUGGGUAUCCCACUGGAACUGGUAUGGGAGCUCAAGGGGUGGCUGCAGCUCUGGCCAAAGCUGCUAAAUAUGGUGCUGGCACUGGCAUAGCCGGGGCAGGAGGGCUGGCCGGAGCAGGAGGGCUGGCCGGGGCAGGAGGGCUGGCUGGGGCAGGAGGGCUGGCCGGGGCAGGAGGGCUGGCUGGGGCAGGAUUUCUCCCUGGAGGGCAGGUGGCUGGCGCCAAGCCUCCAAAAUAUGGCGUGCCAGGGGGGAUCGGGGGGUUGCCGAGCACUGGAGUUGCGGGCCUGGGGGUUGUCCCAGGGCUAUUACCGGGAACUGGAAUCGGCACUGCAGGGUUUGGAGCUAGAGUUAAGCCUCCUAAAUAUGGAGUACCAGGAGGAGUACCAGGGGGAGUCCCAGGGGGAUUUCCAGGUGGAAUCCCAGGAGGAGUACCAGGGGGAAUCCCAGGAGGAGUACCAGGAGUAAUACCAGGGUAUCCAGCUGGAGCAAAAGCUUUGAAAUAUGGUGUUCCUGGGGGGGUUGGUCGUGUGCCAGGCCUAGGAGGUGUUCCAGGGGCCGCAGCAGCAGGCAUCCCUGGAGCCUACGGCACUGGAGCGAAGCCCCCGAAAUAUGGUGUAGCCGCCGGUCCUGGAUGGGUCCCAGCUGGCGGGAUACCUAUAACUGGACUUGGGGGAUUAGCAGGUGGGGUUAAACCUCCAAAAUAUGGAGUGCCAGGGGCAGUGCCAGGAGGAGUACCAGGGAGAGUACCAGGGGGAGUACCAGGUGGAGUACCAGGGGGAGUACCAGGCGUAGUGCCAGGAGCUGGAGUAGGACUCGGAGGACUUGGUGCUAAACCUCCAAAAUACGGUGUACCAGGAGCAAUACCAGGAGCAAUACCAGGAGCAAUACCUGGAGUAGUACCAGGAGUAAUACCAGGAGCAAUACCAGGAGUAGUACCAGGAGCAAUACCAGGAGCAAUACCAGGAGUAGUACCAGGAGCAAUACCAGGAGUGUACCCGGCAGGUGUUAAACCGCCAAAACCCGGUAUACCAGGAGCAAUACCAGGAGCAAUACCAGGAGUAAUACCAGGAGUAGUACCAGGAGUGUACCCGGCAGGUGUUAAACCGCCAAAACCCGGUGUACCAGGAGCGGUGCCAGGAGCAAUACCAGGAGUAAUACCAGGAGUAAUACCAGGAGCAAUACCAGGAGUAAUACCAGGAGCAAUACCAGGAGUAAUACCAGGAGUAGUACCAGGAGCAAUACCAGGUGUGCUUCCGGGAGCAGUGGCAGGAGGUGCUGGAGUGUACCCAGCGGGUCUUAAACCACCAAAAUAUGGUGUACUAGCUGGGGUUGGAGGAGCUGGAGUCCCAGGAGCGGUACCAGGAGCGGUACCAGGAGCCGUACCAGGAGUGAUACCCGGACUGGUACCAGGAGGUGCUGGAGUGUACCCAGCUGGUGUUAAACCGCCAAAACCCGGUGUACUAGCUGGAGUUGGAGGAGCUGGAGUCCCAGGAGCGGUACCAGGAGCCGUACCAGGAGGUGUUGGAGUGUACCCAGCAGGUGUUAAGCCACCAAAAUAUGGAGUACCUGGGGCAGCAGGGGUGGCUGUUCCUGGUGCCACCCCGGGGGCGAUUGGGGGUCCGUCUGUGUCAGGCGGGAUUGUCCCGGGGGGCACUGGCCUUCCCCUUGUGCCCGCUAUAAAACCAGGCAAGGAUCUGAUUUCAGUACCAGGUGGCACUCAGGUCCCAGGAGCGGUGGCUAGUGUCACAACUGGCAAGGCACUUGUACCCAGUGGUGCUGGAGGCAUUGCAGCUGGAACAGGUUUCGUUGGUACAGCGCAGCAACAACCAGGCGCAGGUGUUCCUGCUGGUAAACCUCCAAAACCAGGUUUUGGUACUUAUCCCUACGGUCAUGGAAUUCCUUACACUGGAGUCGCAGGAGCUGCAGGCGUUCUCCCUGGUGCCAGACCUCUAACAGCACCAGGUGUAGGAUAUCCGUCGGGCGUGGCGAUUGGAGCUGGUAAACCGCCAAAACCAGGGUACGGCUCUCUGUCCGCUGGAUACCAGCCAGGUGCCCUUGGUGCCGGUGGUUUCCAGCAGCCUCUCCCAGGAUUUGGAGUUGGUGGGCCUGCACUCGCAGCACAACAAGCCAAAGCAGCCAAGUACCGUAGCCUCCAGGGAUUUCUGGGCGGAGGUCUGGGAGGCAUUGGCGGAUGCCAGGGCAAAUACUGUGGGAAAAAAAAGAAGUAAAGAACCUCUGAAGACAUGAAGUGACCUCAAGAAUCCAUGGUGCUACUGCCUGAUGUAGAAUGUACAUGUUUAUAUAUUACCAAAACAGUCCCUCUUCAAGUACAAAUCUGUAACUUUGUUUUGUACACAUUGUACUAUAGGUUUUUGUUUAACAAGUCCAGUAAAAAAUAAAAAAGCCAGAAGAAAGCUAGACGUUCAGACAAAAAAAUUAGACAAAAUGUUUGCGAAGUUAUAAACAACAGCGUGCCUUAGACCUGCUUGCCGCCAUUCCCCGUACCUGAAAUUGCUGCAUUUAAGACAUACUUUGUUCCGUUUUAAGUUGUUUGUCCACUGUUUUUUUUUUUUAUUGGAUACGUUCAUUGGUGCUCUCAGUACUUCUAGUAAUAUCCAUUGUGUUCAGCAGAAUCGGUGCCUUGUUAUUAAUAACAUAAUUAGAUUUUACUGUUACUGCUGAGAUCAGGUGAUUUUUUUUUUACACAAUAUGCAGCUUUCUGUUGUGUUUUAGAUAACAAACAUUUGCAGUGUAUCCUGUGGGAAUAAAAAAUAGUGUCUCUUUAAUUGUAACAAUGCACUUAAAAUUGAAAGGAAUACUUGGUGCAUCAAAGGGCUGAGCUGGUGAGCGAUGGCAUGUGACCUGGGGAGACUCUGCCUUAUGAAGCACAGCUCUAGGAUUUUUUCCUCUUGAGUGGGUGUUAGGGUUAGUGAAGCAUUUGGUGAUGCAUCUGACUGACCCCCCCCCCAAAAAAAAAAAAAAAAAAAAGAGAUGACUCUCCAACUCAGAGCCACAUGGCCAGCAGUCCUCGCGCUUGAAGGGCUACCGUGCAGAGAGCCGCCUGCUGGCCAUGCUGUGGUCCUCACUUAAAUAAGCUUCAGUAACAAAUUCAGCCCAAGUUUUUACAAAAUAUAAUUUUGUUUUAUGUAAUAGUGGGAUUUAAAAAGCGGAAUUUAAGGAAAAAUAGCAUGAGUUGGAAUGUACAUGAUGUAUGUAUGAAUAAUUUAGAGUUAUUUCCUGCCCUCAUAAGUGGGGAUUAGGUGCUUUUAAUAGUCAUCCGUGAUUUUUUUUUUUGUUCACGUACAAUUACUAAUGAAAACUGAUGAAUAGUAAAUCAGUAAUUACUUGUUUUGCACCGUUCCUAACUUGACUUUUACACCUUUAUAAACAAAAUAUGUUAUACAUUUUUUCCGCAUUGCCUGUGCUUUUUAGUCACUGUGAAAAAAAAUGUAAUGUAUACCUUUGUUCGUUGUUGGUGUAAUUUCUCCAUCGCUGUUCUGUCCAUGUUUGUUGUCGGAGGAUGACCGUAAGAGGAGGCGCGUGGCUAUAAUAUCCUCGCUCGGCGCCGUUUCCAUAACUUGGAGGUCACCUUUCACGAAGAUGGCGAGUAGUAAAGAGCAUCUGCUUCGGAUAUUUUAUUCAGUGCUGCAUUUGGACUGUCUUUGAGCCCUGCCAGACCUCUUAUUAUCUACCAGGGGUUUAUUCUUAUUUAAAGGGGGUAACCUGGGGGGGACGGGCGGAGGGUAUUGCACUUUUGCCACGAUGCACAUUUGAAUACGUCCUGGACAUCCCGACCUUAUAAUUGCUUCAGUAAAUAAAACAAUAAACUUUUAAUACUUUAA